GAAGACUGCCUUGCUCAGCCGGGCCGAACAAGCGGAGGCUGCUCUUACUGAAAGAACCGCCAAACUCUCCGGCUUAAAACGCCAUGUAUCGCAGAUGGUCUCCGCAAUCUUCCGUCCCAGAUGCUCCAAUCUCAAUCAGAACAUGCUGACCAAGCUGAAGGCUGUUUACACCUUGGUGGAGCAACUCUACACCGGGUCACAGCGUGCUUUAGCCGUUGUGGCUCUGUCCAAUGAGGUUCCCACUCACCUGGCAGACGUACUCAGGCGGCUUGCCGUACUUCCUCAACGCUUCCAAGAGCUGAGAUGGGCUUCUGCAAGAGCCGGAGCUAUAGCUGCUCUGAGCCGGGCCAAGGCGUUUCUACCGGAGCUAGACCCGGCCGACAUCGCUCUUGGAUACCCCAGCCUGAAGGAAGACGGCACCCCCUUUGACCAUAAAGACUUCGCCACCUGUGUAAAGAGCGUGCGCCCGUUACAGUCCCCUGGAUUCUACAUGAAACCGUGGACUGCCUUCUCCAGGGCGCUCGCCGAUUAG